AUGAAUAACACAGAAAGCUGUGGAAUCCUAUCUAAGAUUGACUCAGGACAACUUAAUGUUAUUGAUAUUGAUCAAAGUAUUUUUCUUAAUAAACACUGUUACCCAGUUAAUGAAUUUUAUGGAGAAGAUGAUAAUGAGACGAGUACAAAUAAUCAGUUAAAAAAUGUAAAAAUAUAUAAAGAAAUGUAUGAAGAAAGUAUUAAUAAUCCGGAAAUGUUUUGGGGGAACAUUGCUAAAAGUAGUUUAAGAUGGUCUAAGGUGUUCACUAAAGUAUAUAUUGGCAAUUUUAAAAAGGGUAAUGUUAGUUGGUUUAUUAAUGGAAAAAUUAAUGCAUGUGAAAAUUGUGUUGACAGAUGGGUAGAAAAACAUCCUAAUAAAACUGCUAUAAUAUGGGAAAAGGAUACUCCAAAUGAUUAUAAAAAAAUUAGUUAUCAAAAAUUAUUAGAAAAAACAUGUAAAGUGGCUAAUUUACUAAAAAUGUAUGGUGUUAAAAAACAAGAUACUGUAACUAUUUAUUUACCUAUGAUUCCAGAAUUAGUGUAUUCCAUGUUAGCAUGUGCUAGAAUAGGUGCUAUACACAAUGUUGUAUUUGCAGGGUAUUUUUCUGGUAGCUUAUGUGAUAGAAUUUUAGAUUCAAGAUCUACUAUUCUAAUUACAUGUGAUUUUGGCAUUAGAGGGGGUAAAUUAACCAAAUUAAAACAAAUUGCUGAUGGAGCUAUGGAUAUGUGUGGUACUAUAAAAACUUGUAUUGUUUUCAAAAAUAAAACAAAUAUUAAUGAUAUUAGUAUAUAUAAUAAAACGUCAAUGCAAAAUCAUUUUUAUCAUUCAAAUAGUAUUGAUUCUCCAUCAACUAUAUUAAUUGAUAAAAAUAAUGAGAACAGAGAUGAUUAUGACAACAGCUGUAUUGACAAAAAUUGUACUAAAAGAAAGGGUGCUGAGAUAAGUGCUCCAACUCACAAUGAAAACAUAUAUGGCAAUAUAUGCAAAAAUACCAAUGAUAGUUCAAAUAGUAAAAUUAACUUAAAAACCAACAAUGUAAGUAGUUAUACCCUAAAUGAUAAUACACAAAAUUGCAUAAAGGACGAGAGUUCAGCAUAUGUUUAUGCAAUGGAUAAAAGUGAUCACAAUGCAAAUUGUAACGGCGACAAUAAUAUAAAUAUCAGUAUUAGCGAAAGUGACAAGGAUAAGAGUUGCAGUAAUAAUCCCAUUGAUAACAAUAUCAGUCUUAAUUGCAAUUAUAACUGUAACGACAACACAAAUAAUAUUAAUUAUAAUAGUAAUAGUAAUAAUAAUAUUAGUAGUAAUAAUAUUAGUAGUAGUAGUAAUAAUAUAAGUAGCAACAAUAUAAGUAGCAACAAUAUAAGUAGCAACAAUAUAAGUAGCAACAAUAUAAGUAGCAACAAUAUAAGUAGUAAUAAUAUUACAAGUAGUAAUUAUAUAAGUGGUAAUAAUAAUAAUACCCCAAAAAAGGUAGUACACACAUUACAUAAAAAGAUUUUUAAAAAUAACAAUUUAAAUAAGAAAUUUUCAAGUGUAGAAAAAAUACAAUGUAACAAAGUGGACAAUGAUGAUCACAAUACAAUUUAUGAAAACGAUGAAGCAAAUAGGAGGGGUUAUCCAACCAUGAAUGGAAAAGAAUCACGUUAUUGUAAGAACAAUAUCGAAUUGAAGAACAAUUUGUUGGGUAUAUCGAAAAAUACCAAAAAUGAAAAAGAGGCAUAUAAUGGAAACGAAAAUAGAAGGAGUAAUUUCGAUGAAAAUAUAUGUACACUAAAAGAAGGUCGUGAUAUAGAUGGUUCAUCAUUAAUGAAAAAUAUGAGAUCAUAUUGUCCCAUAGAAUAUGUAGAUAGUGAAGAUUUUUUAUGUUUAUUAUAUACUUCAGGUUCUACAGGGAAACCAAAAGGUGUAGCACACACUACAGCUGGUUAUUUAAUAUAUGCAUAUACAACAUGUAAAUAUAUUUUUGAUGUUAAGGAUGAUGAUAUAUUUGGGUGUGUUGCAGACAUAGGAUGGGUAACAGGUCAUAGUUAUGUUUUAUAUGGACCUUUAUUAAACGGAAUAACUACUGUCUUAUUUUCAUCUAUACCAACUUACCCUGAUUGUGGUAGAUAUUGGAAUUUAAUACAAACACAUAAAGUAACACAGUUUUAUACAGCCCCAACAGCACUUCGAGCUUUGAUGAAACAUGGGGACCAUUUUGUUGAAAAAUAUGAUUUAUCCUCCUGUCGAAUAUUAGGUAGUGUAGGUGAACCUAUUAAUCCAGAAACAUGGAGAUGGUAUUAUAAUGUAAUUGGUAAAAAAAAGUGUGUUAUUGUUGAUACCUAUUGGCAAACAGAGACAGGUGGUAUUGUAAUUGCACCGAUACCGAACUUAUUUAAAAUGAAACCAGGGUGUGCGACGCUACCAUUUUUUGGUGUUGAAUUAGAAAUUCUAGAUUCAAACACGUUAGAACCAGUAAAAGGUACGAAUGUUUGUGGUUUAUUAUGUAUUAAGAGUCCAUGGCCUGGUAUGUUAAGAACAGUAUUUGGAAAUCAUAAUAGAUUAAUUAAAACUUAUUUUUCCAUGUGUCCUAAUUACUAUUUCACCGGGGAUGGUGCGUAUAGAGAUGAAGAUGGGUAUUAUUGGAUAUCAGGUAGAAUUGAUGAUACGUUAAAUGUAUCAGGUCAUAGGUUAGGAGCGGCAGAAAUUGAACAUGCAUUAGUUCAACACUUCUGUAUUGCCGAGGCAGCUGUUGUUUCUUUUCAUCAUAAUGUUAAGGGGGAAGGUAUUUUAUGUUUUGUUGUUAAAAAAAAAGGGGAGUUAAGAAAUUAUAUGGAACAAAAUGUUGAUACUAAAAAUAAUGUUCUUUUGACAUCCACUACUGCUAAUAUAAAAGACAUGGAAGAAUUAAAAAAAAAUUAUACAGAUGAUAAAAUAAUAGAUGAAUUAAAAUUGUAUGUUAGACAAGUUAUAGGACCUAUUGCUACUCCAGAUAUUAUUUGUAUUGUCCCUGACUUACCUAAAACAAGAAGUGGAAAAAUUGUUAGGAGAAUACUAAGAGCUAUAGCUAACGGAUUAAAGGAUUUUGGUGAUAUUACAACUGUUUCAAAUUAUGAAAUUAUUGAUAUUAUUAGCCAUAAAUUUAAGGAAUGCAAAGAAAAGGGUCAAACGGGAUCGUAA